GACGCGGCUUUCCGUCUGUGAGUUCGCAGGACUGUAUAGAUUGUAGGGGUAUAAAUGGAUGGCCGGCGUGGCAGAGGCAGAGACAAUCCUCUCCCCACACCGACAACAUGAAGAUCACCUUGGCCUUCGCUGCUCUUCUUGCUACUUUUGCACUUUCCAGUGCACAGGAGCCGGCAUGGUGUCGGUGUGCGGCGUUCGUGUCUUCCAGGCACAUGGAGAUCAUGGUUUUGGAACUGCCCGAGGUCGAUGUCAGUGACUGUCAGAACAACAACCAGUGCAGGAAUCGCUGUAUCAACGAGAUCAACACCAUGACCAACGAGAUGGACUUGUGGUCCACUGUUAAUGGAGAUACCGUCGGCCAGUACUUCUGCGAGGAGCUUUUCAGUCAUGGUCUCUUCUGGAUCCACAAUUCCUACGUGCACGGGUACUACCAGAUGUGCGGCGGACCAUGGGAAUACACCGGUGUGGACUCCCAGCAGGCGCUGUGCUGCACCAACAAGGAACACAUCCACUGUGUCUCGAAGUAAACGGCGUAACGAUUUGGCUUUCCACUUGGCAUUCUGACAAUCCGAACCGAACUUCAAUAUCACCUUGAUGUUUAAUCCCGAGAAUCCCGUUUCACUUAAUAUGUUGUUUAUCAUCUUUAUCAUGUAAGGAGUCAGUGGACACAGACUAGGACAGUGUGUAUUUAACAUCAAUAUAUUAUUUAUAUUUC